UAUUCACAACUGCCCGGAGGCGGGAUCAGCCCAGGCGGCCACUGGGCCCAACGAGUGGACACACAGUGUGGCCUGUCCGUGCGGAGGGAUGACGUCCAGCCAUAGGAAAGCAAGCAGCUCUGAGACCCGCUGCAGCCUGGCAGACCUGGACAACACGCCCAGUGAAGUGGAGUGGCCACGUCUGUCCGCACUGGCGGCCUCGGCGGCCAUGGUGCCCUCCUGCCCUGUGGUGGAGAAGCAGGCGCCCGCGGACCCUGACGUUGGCCGGGAGCUGCAGUCCUGGCGCUGCCUGGUCUUCUACAUCUGCUUCUACGGCUUCGUGGCACAGCUGCGGCCCGGGGAGAGCUUCAUCACCCCCUACCUGCUGGGGCCCUACAAGAACUUCACGCGCCAGCAGGUCACCAACGAGAUCACCCCGGUGCUGUCCUACUCGUACCUGGUGGUGCUGGUGCCCGUCUUCCUGCUGACCGACUACCUGCGCUACAAGCCGGUGCUGGUGCUGCAGGCCCUGAGCUACGUGGCCGUGUGGCUGCUGCUGCUCCUGGGCCGCUCGGUGCCUGAGCUGCAGCUCAUGGAGUUCUUCUACAGCGUCACCAUGGCCGCCCGCAUCGCCUACUCCUCCUACAUCUUCUCGCUCGUGCGCCCCGCGCGCUACCAGCGCAUGGCCGGCUGCUCGCGGGCGGCGGUGCUGCUCGGCGUCUUCACCAGCUCGGUGCUGGGCCAGCUGCUGGUCUCCGUGGGCCGCGUGUCCUUCCCGGCGCUCAACCAGGCCUCCCUGGCGCUGCUCGUCUGCAGCCUGCUGCUCUCCCUCUUCCUCAGGCGCCCCCAGCGCAGCCUCUUCUUCCACCGCGGGGCCGCGGCCUCCGAGCUGGACCGCAUGCGCCCCGGGCGGCCGGAGGACGCGGGGCUGGCGCAGAGGCUGCUGCGCGCCUGCGGGGGCUGCACGCUCGGGCGCAUGCUGCGGGAGCUGGGGGGCUGCGCGCGGCGGCCGCAGCUGCGCCUCUGGUCGCUCUGGUGGGUCUUCUGCUCGGCCGGCUACUACCUCAUCGUGUACUACGUGCACAUCCUGUGGAGCGUGGUGCAGCCCACCAACGACACCGCCGCCGUCUACAACGGGGGCGCCGACGCCGCCUCCACGGGGCUCAGUGCCUUCAUGUCCUUUGUCGCCGGCUUCGUCCACAUCCGCUGGGCCCUGUGGUCCCCACUGGUCAUCGCAGGCGUGACGGCCCUGCAGGCCGGCCUUGUGCUCCUCAUGUACAGCACCAGCAGCAUCUGGGUCUGCUAUGCCUCCUUUGUGCUCUUCCGGGGCUUCUACCAGUUCCUGGUGCCCAUCGCCACGUUUCAGAUCGCCUCCUCGCUCUCCAAGGAGCUCUGUGCCCUGGUCUUCGGGGUCAACACCUUCCUCGCCACAGUUCUCAAGACCACAAUCACCGCCAUCAUCUCCGACAAGCACGGCCUGGGCCUCCCGGUCCACUCACAGUUCCUCGUCUACUUCGGGUACUUCCUGCUGCUGUCCGUGGCCUACUUGUUGGGGGGCGUGCUGGUGGGCCUGCGGCACUGCCAACGUGGCCGCCACCAGCCCCUGGCCCUGGCCCCGGAGCUGCAGAGCCCCUCGGUGGAGAAGCCGGUGCAGAUGUUGAGCCUGCCCAACGGGCCGUGUGGGGUCCUGCCGCCCACAGCCGGCACAUCACCCACAGACCAGGGCAGGUGGGCCCCGGGGAGCCUUGGCGAGCAGAGUCUGCGGCUCAAGGAGAAGGCCUGACCUGGUCGGUGGGGCCGGACCCCUGACCCAGGACCAGCCUGUCCGUUGGCGUUUGGACCAAGAUUGGGCCCUGGGAGUACCCGGCGCAAUCUGCUGACAGUGAGCUGCGUUCCCAGGGUCAUCGAGACCCCGUUUUCAGAAGGGGAGCCCCUGGGGGCCGGGCAGGAGGGCUGCCCUUGUUUGAGCCCCUUGGCGGGGCCUUACGACUCACAAACCACCUGCGUCAGGGCUGCCCUGCAGUGGCCGUGGCCGAGGCUCUGCGCAGCCACGUGCUGGGCUGUCGUGUGCCCCACGGGUGUGGCCAUCUUGCUCCCCCACACCCGGCUGGUGGAGGGUCCACCUGCACCAUGAGGCCUGUCUGCUUCCACCACUCGAGCCCCCAGGCGUGGUGGAGCCACAGCUGAACGGUAGCCCUGACUGAGUGGGCAUUUCCAGCCGCCCCAGGUGCUGGGUCUUUAAUGCUGCUGCUCUGCUUGUUAAAGAACUGACAGGAAAUGA